CUCUCAAUCCUUAUCUCUUCCUGAGCACACUUCGUCCCCUCAAACUCGCCUCCUUCCCUCUGUCUUUCUCUCUCUCACACAUCAGCCAUGGAAUCCGCACAACGUUCUGUGAGCUUUUUCACUGCAGAACAACUACAGGCCCCCCGUUGCUGCGAGCACCUCCACAGCCGCCAAAAAACAGGAGAUCACUGAUGGGCGCGCCCCCCGUUUUGCUACAACUCCUUCCUUUUCUGUUGUGCUGGAACCAGUGUCUUUUUUUGCUGCAACCAGACAUAUUUUUUGCUACUAUCAUUUUUUUGAUUUGCUGGACAAGAGCAUUUUUUGCUACCACCGUAUUUUAAUUUUGCUACCACCGGCGAGAAAAUUUGCUACAUGCGACAUAGCGGAGUCGCGACCCGCGAUGACACGGAGACGACAAUGUUUUGCUGCAUCUCCGUCGUGCUUUUUUGCUACGACUAACGCUUUGUUUUGCUACAUCCAUGAACGGCGCAUCGAUGUGCUGCAGGCACGGGAGCUCUUUUUUUGUGAACGAGGCAUGAUUCUAUUUUGCUUCGAUCCAUUUUUUUGCUGGAACCACUCAAAAAAUUUGUUACUAAUGUCUUUGAUUUUUGCUACCACCCCUUCUGAUUUUUUGCUGGAACCAUCGAUUUUUUUUGCUGGAACCAAUCACGGUAUUUGUUGCGACAGUUGAGAGCAGCUGGGUAGUCGUCAUCGUUUUUGCUGGAAGGGGCAGCACAAAAAGGUUUCAACCAGCAAGCAGAAUUGCUGGAAUCAGCAUCUAUAGAAGCUAGAACCUGCGAUUUGUUUUGCUACAUCAAGGGAGUGGUACAGGGCGAAGUGGAGUCGCUUGUUUUUUUGCUACAUCGGGGAUUCUAAAAAGCUACAAACGUCGGGCUGUUUUGCUACAACGGCGACAUGUGGAAUUGGCUUACUUAGGAAAGAAGACGACUGCGGUGCCUGCAACGUGCACCCUGCGACGAGCUCGACGGCAAGGAUGGACGGGGUGGCGGUGGCGCAUCAGAUGCUACAACCGUGGGGCGGGGAGCUUCAACCGCUUGGCCAAGAGCUUGGCGGGUAUCCGACCAUGACGGAGCUCGUCGGCGACCGACGGCGGGGGUCGGCGACGAGGGACAACCGGCGGUGAGAGGAGAUGAGGAGGCGAGGCGAGGCGAGGGGGGCAGCGUGUGCGGGGGCGGCGCCCUCCUUCGGUCCUUCCUCUCCCUUUCUUCCGUGCGGGAGGUUGAAGAUGGGAUGCGGGGGAGGAGGAGGAGAGAUCUGACGGUUGCGCGCGUGCAAAUCGGACGGAUCUGGGCUGACCGGCCGAAAAAUUGGGCCGGCGCGCCGGCGCAGAGCGCUGCUAUUAUUAAUGUGCACCGCUACAGAUUUAUGUUGUACUAUACCCACUAGAACCUCCCAUUUAUUGAUCUCUGCCGUUUUUUCAGCUCAGUUGCUGGAUGACUGCAUUCCUUGUAGUAUGUCUCUCGCAGUUGCAUGUUCACCCAACAUAUCCUAUUUUAAGAAAACUUUGCAUGUUAACCCACUGGGAUUCCAUGUGUGGUCUCUCUCUUCGCACCAGGGGCAUCCAAAGUACCAACAUGAUGAUUGUUUGCUAUCCAGACCUGAUGCAUAUCAGGAAAGGCCUCUAGGCCGUGCUUGGAAUCGGUGUAAUUCAAUACGGAGGUGUUUAACUUACUCGUGUAUCUUACCGGCCGCUGAGCCAUUUCUGGACGGAAGCGAACCGGCGGGCAGAGACGUGUAUUCUUUACAAGUGUAUUUAAAAGGAAGAACGGUAAUCCAAACAAGCCCCUACUCAGUUCGUGCUGCGCAUGCAGAUGCAAGCUUUUUUAUGGAAAUAUAUUAUGCAGAGGCCGGGGUAAACCCCCUUUUCGAAAAAAAAAUCGAUAUGUCAUGUCAUAAGUAGGAUGAUCACCGAGGGUCAAGUAUGGAGGCAGGCGGGCCUAUUAAUAGGAGAUUUGGACCCUCUUUCGAAAAAAAAAGGAGAUUUGGACCCCUUCUUUGGGGCAUUGACAAGGUGGGUCCAGAGUGAGUAGUCCACUUUAUAGGUGAGGGUGGUGGUGGAGGUGGGGUGCAAAGCAUUGUAAUCCAAAAUGUAACGGCAUGUUUGUGCGUAUUCGAGAAAAAAAAUUAUGAUCCUACUCGCUACUAGACAUUGUUGGUUGCUGCUCAUCUUACUGAACCACACUUCAGCGACUGAAUAUGUGUCUGUCCCUAUAUGAGAAGGGAACUUCACCCAUUUCGUUGACCUUUGAACCGCACUUGCCCUCGCCACUCAUGUCCACAGUGAUAGUUUUGGCCAGCCUACUCAUGUCACGCUCAAGUGAAAAUGGAAGGGAACACUAGAGGAGGCGGGCAUUCUGAAGCGUUAAAGAACUACAAUGUGGGCAGAACAUUAGGUAUCGGCACAUUUGGAAAAGUGAGGAUUGCAGAGCAUAAGCAUACAGGGCACAAAGUUGCUAUAAAGAUUCUGAACCGUCGUCAAAUGAGAACUAUGGAAAUGGAAGAGAAAGCGAAGAGAGAGAUCAAGAUAUUGAGGUUGUUCAUUCACCCUCAUAUCAUCCGGCUUUAUGAGGUCAUUUACACACCUACAGAUAUAUUUGUUGUGAUGGAAUAUUGCAAGUAUGGUGAGCUAUUCGACUGCAUUGUUGAGAAAGGGCGGUUACAGGAAGAUGAGGCUCGUCGAAUCUUCCAGCAGAUUAUAUCUGGUGUUGAAUACUGCCACAGAAACAUGGUUGCUCAUCGUGAUCUAAAGCCAGAAAACCUGUUACUUGAUUCCAAAUAUAAUGUGAAACUUGCCGACUUUGGGUUAAGUAAUGUCAUGCAUGAUGGCCAUUUUCUGAAGACUAGCUGCGGGAGUCCAAACUAUGCUGCACCAGAGGUUAUCUCAGGUAAAUUAUACGCUGGACCUGAGGUUGAUGUUUGGAGCUGUGGGGUGAUACUUUAUGCUCUUCUUUGUGGCACUCUUCCAUUUGAUGAUGACAAUAUUCCCAAACUGUUCAAAAAGAUAAAGGGAGGCAUCUAUAUCCUUCCAAGUCAUUUAUCUGCUCUUGCAAGGGAUUUGAUCCCAAGAAUGCUUGUUGUUGAUCCUAUGAAGAGAAUCACAAUUCGUGAAAUUCGAGAACACCCAUGGUUUCAGAAUCGCCUUCCUCGCUACCUGGCAGUGCCUCCACCAGACACAGCGCAGCAAGCCAAAAUGAUUGAUGAAGAUACACUUAAAGAGAUUGUCAACCUGGGAUAUGAUAAAGACCAUGUGUGUGAAUCAUUGUGCAAUAGGCUGCAAAAUGAGGUAUAUGCAAACAAAAGUCAGUGCUUCAUUCCAUUCAGUUAUUUCAUAAUUGACUUUAGACAAUGUUUCCAGGCAACUGUUGCAUAUUACUUACUCUUGGACAAUCGGUUCCGGGCCACUAGUGGCUAUUUGGGGGCUGACUAUCUACAAUCAAUGGGUAGGAGUUUUAAUCAGUUUACUUCAUCGGAAUCAGCAAGCCCAAGUACCAGGCAGUAUCUUCCAGCAAGCAAUGAUUCUCAAGGCAGUGGCUUGCGGCCAUAUUAUCCCGUUGAAAGAAAAUGGGCUCUUGGGCUCCAGUCUCGAGCUCAACCUCGUGAGAUAAUGAUCGAGGUUCUAAAGGCACUUCAAGAAUUAAAUGUCUGCUGGAAGAAGAAUGGACACUACAACAUGAAAUGCAGGUGGUGCCCUGGGUUCCCUCAGGUCAGUGAUAUGUUAGAUGCCAACCACAGCUUUGUUGAUGACUCUACCAUCAUGGAUAACGGCGAUGCUAAUGGGAGGCUACCUGCCGUGAUCAAGUUUGAAAUCCAGCUUUACAAGACCAAGGAUGACAAGUACCUGCUAGAUAUGCAGAGAGUUACUGGACCUCAGCUCCUCUUCCUGGAUUUUUGCGCGGCCUUCCUUACCAACCUUAGGGUUCUAUAGUAUGGUGCCUGUUCUGGUUGAGUGAUGAAUAGUAAGACAUAUGACUGUCAGCGAUGAAUAAGUUGGUGCCUGUUCUGGUUGAGUGAUGAAUAGUGAAACAUAUGACUGUCAGCGAUGAAUAAGUGAUGGGUGUGUAAAUAGGCGGUGUGUUUCAUCUUCGUUUUACCCAGUCCCUGACAGCGAACCGUGUUGUUUGGGUGACUAGUCCUGUGUGAAGCACCAAAAGGUUAAGUGGUUGUUAUAAAUAAGACUUAUAUGGUAAA